GGCCCUGAGAACAUCUUAACACUCUUCCCCGAAGUGAAAGCACCUGGAUAUUUAAUGUGGCUGGACGUGCGCAGGGCUUUCCCUGGCCUCUUCCUCCUCAUGCAUCUGGCAUCUUCCUGCUGUCUUCUCUGACUCCUGCGUCUGCAGUGAUGCGUUCCCAUCCAUGUAUCUUAAAGAUGCGGUGACCGAACUGAGCAGCGAAUUCAAGGAAGUGGGAGAGCCCAUCACCGAUGACAGCACCAGCUUGCACAAGUUUUCCUACAAGCUCGAGUAUCUCCUGCAAUUUGACCAGAAGGAGAAGGCCAGCCUCUUGGGACACAAGAAAGACUACUGGGACUACUUCUGUGCUUGCCUGGCCAAAGUGAAAGGGGCCAAUGACGGGAUCCGCUUCGUCAAGUCCAUCUCGGAGCUCCGGACGUCUCUGGGGAGAGGAAGAGCCUUCAUCCGCUACUCGCUGGUGCACCAGAGGCUGGCAGACACCUUACAGCAAUGCUUCAUGAACACUAAAGUGACCAGUGACUGGUACUAUGCACGAAGCCCUUUUCUGAAGCCCAAGCUGAGCUCCGACAUCGUGGGCCAACUCUAUGAGCUGACCGAGGUUCAGUUUGACCUGGCCUCCAGAGGCUAUGACUUAGAUGCUGCUUGGCCGACGUUUGCCAGGAGGACGCUGGCCACUAGCUCUUCUGCUUAUAUGUGGAAACCCCCGAGCCGAAGCUCCAGCAUGAGCAGUUUGCUGAGCAACUACUUGCAGACUCAGGAUAUGGCUUCCAGCUUGGACCUCAGCAGCCAGGUAAACAACGAGGCGCUGGAGGGCUUUGACGAGAUGCGGCUGGAGCUGGAGCAGCUGGAGGUGCGGGAGAAGCAGCUUCAGCAGCGCCUGGAGCAGCUGGAGCGGGAGAACGGGGAGCUGCGGGCCGCCCGGGGGAUCCAGGAGCUGCAAGGCAAGCUCCAGCUGGUGGAAGGCGAGAACGCCGCCAUGCGGGCGUCGCUGCUGCGCCUGCGCUCGGUGGAGGACGAGCUGGCGGCGGCCAGGGCGCAGGCGAGCAUGCGCACGAGCAGCCAGGAGCCGCCGCGGGUCCAGGACGAGGCGCAGGGCCCGGAUGCGGAGGAGGAGCAGCUCCGGCGGGCCAACGGAGAGCUGAGGCGCGAGCUGCAGAGCAUGGCCGGGCGCAACCAGCUCCUGGAGGGCAAGCUGCAGGCCCUGCAGGCCGACUACCAGACGCUGCAGCAGCGCGAGGCGGCCAUCCAGGGCUCCCUGGCCUCGCUGGAGGCCGAGCAGGCCAGCAUCCGCCACCUGGGCGACCAGAUGGAGGCCAGCCUCCUGGCGGUGCGGAAGGCCAAGGAGGCCAUGAAGGCGCAGGUGGCGGAGAAGGAGGCGGCCCUGCAGAGCAAGGAGCAGGAAUGCGAUCGCUUGCGCCAGGAGGCCCUGAAGUGGCGGCAGCUGGCCGAGUCCCGGGACGGGGAGCGCAAGGCCCUGGAGCACCAGUGCCAGCAGCAGAGCCAGCUGAUCGAGACCCUCAGCAGCCAGAAAGGCCCCGAGGAGCUGCCCCGGGGCGACAGCGUGCAGCUGGCCGUGCUGUCUCAGGCCCAGCUGGAGGUCCACCAAGGGGAGGCCCGGCGGCUGCAGGCCGAGGUGGGCGACCUGCACGCCAAGCUGCGGGUGGCCCUGGGCGAGCGCGACAAGGCGCAGAGCCAGCUGACGGUGACGGAGGCCACCCUGCAGGAGCACAAGGCCCUGGUGCAGCAGCUGAAGGAGCAGAACGAGGCGCUGAACCGGGCCCACGUGCAGGAGCUGCUGCACUGCUCCGAGGCCCAAGGGGACCGGCAGGAGGAGCAGGCGGCUGUGGCCCUGCAGGCCGAGCUGCUGCGCGUGGCGUGCGGCUCCGAGGACGCGCAGCUGGCGCACGUCGAGCUGCAGGAGCAGCUGCGCCGGGCCAACACCGACACGGCCGAGCUGGGCAUCCAGGUGUGCGCGCUGACGGCAGAGAAGGAGCGGGUGGAGGGCGCGCUGGCCUGCACCGCGCAGGAGCUGCAGGACUGCAAAGAGGCGGCGGCCAGGACGAGGGCCAGCCUGGAAAGCCAGGUCGUGGGCCUCCAGCAAGAGAACGAGAGUCUGCAGGAGCAGCUCAAGAGGGCCGAGGAGGCAGCCGGCUCCCUGGCUGGCCUGCAGGUCCAGCUGGCUCAAGCCGAGCAGCAGGCCCAGAGCCUGCAGGAGGCCGCACACCAGGAGCGGGACGCCCUCAAGUUCCAGCUGAGCACCGAGAUCAUGGAUUACCAAAGCCAGCUGAAGACAGCCAACGAAGAGGGCGAGAGCCUCAGGGCGCAGCUGGACGAGCGGGGCCAGCAGCUGCAGGCGGCCCGGGAGGCCGUGGACGAGUUGAAGGCUUUGCAAGCAACCUUGGAGGAGAAGCUGAGCUGCACCAGCAGCCGCCUGGCCGAGUGCCAGGCCUGCGCGCUGCAGAAGGAGCAGGAGGCGGCCGCCCUGCGCGAGCAGCUAGACCGAACACAGAAGGAGCUGACCAAAGCCUCAGCAAAAAUCCAAGAGUAUUACACCAAACUCUGCCAAGAGGUGACCGACCGGGAGAGGAACGACCAGAAGCUGCUCGCCGACCUGGACGACCUGAACCGAACGAAGAAGUACCUGGAGGAGAGGCUCAUAGAGCUGCUCAGGGACAAGGACGCGCUGUGGCAGAAGUCGGACGCCCUGGAGUUCCAGCAGAAGCUCAGCGCCGAGGAGCGGUGCGUGGGGGACGCGGAGGCGACCCACUGCCACGACUGCAGGCGCGAGUUCGGCUGGAUGGUGCGCCGCCACCACUGCAGGAUCUGCGGGCGCGCCUUCUGUUACUACUGCUGCAACAACUACGUGCUUGCCAAGCCCGGCGGCAAGAAGGAGCGCUGCUGCCGGGCCUGCUUCCACAAGUGCAGCGACGGGCCCGGCUCCCCCGGCAGCGCCAGCUCCGGCGCCAGCCAGGGCGAGGCCAGCCCCGCGCCGUCCCCCGCCCGGACCCGGCCGCCAGCCAUCGAGGGCCCAGGGGCCGCGGCUGACUGCAGGUCCCCGGACGACGCGGUGUUUGACAUCAUCACGGACGAGGAGCUGUGUCAGAUCCAGGAGUCGGGCUCCUCCCUGCCCGAAACACCCACGGAAACCGAGUCUCCCGAGCCGAGCGUGGCUCCCCAAGACCUCCCGUCCGGUUCGCUGACGCCCGACGACAGCAAGGCCGAGCCCGGGGGCCAGGACGCCGAGAUCUGCUUGCUCAAGUCCGGGGAGCUCAUGUAG